AUGACUUUAGUAUGUGGUCGAGCUAGUAAACAUAAUAGUACUUGUCAAAAUCCCUUAAAACCACAAGCAAGCUACAGAGUUGGGUGUAAUGCAAAGAUAACAGCUAGGUUAAAUCUGGACGGAAGAUGGGAAAUAUCUGUGGUUGUUGUGGAGCAUAAUCAUGGCCUUAGCCCUAGUAAAAGUCGUUUCUUUCGAUGCAACCGAAGAAUUAGUGCACAUGUUAGACAUCAAAUUAAUCUGAAUGAUCAAGCCGGAAUCAGAAUCAAAAAAAAUUUCAGCUCACUUGUACAUGAGGCUAGUGGAUAUGAGAAUCUGUUGUGUGAUGAAAAGGCUUGCAGGAACUUGUUUGAUGAAUCAAGGCGUUUACGUCUCGACGGAGGUGAUGCUUCAGCGAUUAUAAAAUAUUUUCCAAUGAUGGUUGCAGAAAAUUCAGGUUUCUAUUUUGAUAUUGAAUUGGAUGAUGAAGAUCAUUUAAAAAAUGUAUUUUGGGCAGAUGGUAGGAGCAGAGAAGCUUACAAAGAGUUUGGUGAGGUCAUCACUUUUGAUACCACAUACUUAACUAAUAAGUAUGAUAUGCCAUUUGCACUAUUUGUUGGCGUUAACCAUCAUGGGCAAUCAAUUUUACUUGGAUGUGGGUUGAUUUCAAAAGAAGACACAGAGACUUUCAUAUGGCUAUUUACAAAGUGGGUUGAAUGCAUGGAUGGAUGUGCUCUGCAAGGGAUAAUAACUGACCAAGCAAGAGCCAUAAAAAAUGCAAUUGAGAUUGUUUUUCCAAACACUAGACAUAGAUGGUGUUUGUGGCAUAUAAUGAAGAAGCUGUCAGAAAAGUUAGGAAAGUACACUGAAUAUGAGACCAUCAGUUCUACCAUGAAAGGAGUGGUGUAUGACGCACAAAGUCCACAAGAGUUUGAACAAUAG